AUGCAGCUGAUGAAAACCAGUUUAUUUUUUCAUCUUCUUGUGCAAUUGAAGGAUGACUCGGGGGAGGAAGCUGUAUAUAAGAUCGGGGUGUUGAAGUUGAGAGUCAUUCAGUACGAUCUGAAGAUAUUUGAAACUACAAACAUGUACCGCAUUGUGAUCUUCGCCUGCGCUCUUGCAGCUGCCACCGCUGCUCCAGGUCUCAUCGGUGCCCCUCUAGCCUUGGGACCCGCUCCUCUAGCACUUUCUUCACCUCUGCUGACCAAAACUAUCAUUUCUGCACCUUCACCAAUUGCCAUUCAAGCUCCUCUAUUGACCAGGACCGUGAUUUCUUCUCCUCCAGCACUUGCCAUCGCUCCCCAGCCAAUUUUGACCAAAUCCAUUCUUGCAGGUCCAGCUGUGGCUUCUCUACCUCUUGGUCUCGGUUUGUCCAAGACCAUCAUUGGAGCUCCAGCUAUUUCCGCAGGACACCUGUGGUAAUUUUAGGUCUACUUAUUUAUUAAACUGAUUGCUAGUCUGAUUAUACACGAAAUGACAAAAAUAAAGGAGAUAUUUUACUA